AGGGGUGUGGGGGUUGGUAAACCUGUUGACAACUCACCACGAUCUUUUUCAAUAUCUACCAACGCCGUGUUUGAAAGAGGAGUAAGAGGAAGAUGGCAGCAACAACAGCAUCUGAAGUUGCAGUGAAGUUGAAUCUGAAACCGCACCCAGAAGGUGGCUUCUUCUCCGAGACUUUCAGAGACACUUCCAUCACCCUUUCCACUUCUCAACUUCCCCCUCAAUAUAAGGUGGAUCGUCCUAUCAGUACAGCCAUAUACUUCUUACUUCCGUCCGGGAGUGUUUCACAUCUUCAUCGUAUUCCAAGUGCAGAAACAUGGCACUUCUAUUUGGGUGAACCUCUUACGAUACUGGAAAUAGAUGAUAAAGACGGAAGCUUGAAGUUAACAUGCAUUGGACAAGAUAUUGGAGCAAACCAACUGUUGCAGUAUACCGUGCCACCAAAUGUAUGGUUCGGAGCAUUUCCCACCAAAGAUUAUGAAAUAUCAACCGAUAAUGUAGUAGUUGUGAAAAAGCCACCGAGGGAUGCGGAGGAACAUUAUUCCUUGGUGGGAUGCACGGUUGCACCUGCUUUCCAGUUUGACGACUUUGUGUUGGCUAAACGGUCUGAACUCGUUAAGCGUUUUCCUGCUCAUGAAUCGCUCAUUUCUUUGAUCACAUACGAGGAUUGAUAUGCACUGCUUCGUUCUGUUUUUCCCUAAACCGCUUGGUGUCUGUUUAUGUGAUCAUGUUUAUGUUUCUAUGUACCUAAAGAAUAAGAGUAAAUUGCCAUUUUAGUCCCUGAGGUUUGACCAAAA